AGAAGAAGAAAGACGAAGAAGAAGAAGACGAAGAAGAAGACGAAGACGAAGAAGAAGUUGAAAAAAGAAGAAGUUGAAAAAAGAAGAAGAAGAAAAGCGGAAAAAAGCAGAAAAGGGCGGCGGCGAAGCGUUGUGGAAGUAAACUAAAGUAUGGAUGAUAUCGAAGCGGAACUAAAUCUCUCAGACGUGAGUGACGCUUCGGAAGAUGAGAGAAUUUUGAGGAAGACUGAGUCUCCCAGUUUGUCACACGUGCCUUCCACUAAUGCACGGUCUAAAGAAAGUGGUUUUCAUAAGUCUGCAAGGUUAUGUCUGAAGGCCAUUAGAGAUGCCAUGCUGCACCAUCGCUGGCAAGAAGCUGCACAGUAUUUAUCUGCUUACUCUCAAACGCUGGAGGAAACAACGGCCCACAGGCAGUCUCUAGCCUGUGAGAUUAUUUGGAGAAUAGGCACGGAGGUCCUUCAGCAUCAUCCAGACUCCCAACUGGAAGAUUUCAAUGUGUUGUAUGAGCGGAUGAAAAACUCUGGAGUGAAAAAUUACGCAAAGAUAUGUUUGGAGCACUCUUUUCAUCUUUUGUUGAAUGGCAACUUUAAUGAUGCCAAACGCCAGCUGUCAGUAGCUGCGAGUUGGAAGUACGGCAAGCAGUCUGCAAGUCAGUCUAUGGAGUUGAAGCUCAUCCAUGCAUACUGUGGUUUUCUAGAUUACUUCAUCUGGUGCACAAAAAAGUCAUCUCCGACCAGCUCAGAUGCUAACACACGAGAGCUGCACAGCUACUUCCGACAAGCUUCAGUGACCCUGCAGGAAAUUAUCACACAGCCUGGAGUUUGGGACCCUUUUGUAUUGAGUUAUGUUGAUAUGCUAGAAUUCUACAAUGACCAUGAAGGAGCCCUAAAAGUACUGCAGAACUAUGCUUACAACAAGGAUUACCCAUCAAAUCCGAAUGCUCAUGUCUACCUGUACCAGUUUCUUAAAAGGCAUAAAGCACCACCAGCCAAACUUAUCAGUACUCUGAAGGUACUUUGCUGUUUAGUCCCCAGUCAUGAGCUGAUGCUGGAAUACUGCUCUCUGCUGCUGAAGUCCGAAGUGGUGGAAGAUAAGCAGGACUGUCUUACUGUUGCUAUGAAUCUCCUUGACUAUCCCAGCUGGAAGUAUGAUCUGAAUGCAUGGAUUUGUCUACGAAAGGUUUUGACAGUCCUCAAAAAAAAGAAGCUCAAGCAUCUUAUAGACAAAGAAUGGGAAAAAAGGAAAGAUCUUUGGCUAGCUAUGCAUUAUAGGAAGUGCCAUGGCAAGAAGGAUUCUGAAGAGAAUACAGGACUAUUGUUGGUCAAAGCCAAUGUAUCCAAACUUUUAGGUGAACACAAAAGAGGCUACAAUAAAUUCAGUUCUUCAGCAAGAGAGAAAAAGGAAAUGCUGACAAGAUAAAAGAUGUUUGCUUCAACUCAUGAUUGUGAUACUGUUACAUUUGCUACAUUUAACAGGGGUUAUAAAAUGUAGAGUAUUUCCCAAUGGGAAGCUCAGUAACUUAGUAGCUGGUAUUUUUGAUAUUCUGCAUUGUAUAUAAUUGAUUUGGCCAGAAUAUGGCCACUAGGGUGUGCUUAUGUUAUAUAUGUAAUUUUCCCACUGAAUGUAUGUGACGGAGAUUAAACCACUUGUCUUAUUCAUUAAAACAAAGUUUGAAGUGCU